UUUACAAAAUAAAUACCACCAAUGCUUUUAAAGUUAACCUUAUUGACAUUCAUAGUUUGAAAUGGAUUACGAACUAAGUUCUAUUAUCAAACAAGAGAAACAAGAAUUUGUAGAAGAUAAAAAUGACAAUUAUUUACCGUUACGUUUUGAUAUUAAAAUUAAAGUUGAAAAUGAGACGAUACUCGAUGAUUGGUGUUUGCAAAAUGUAUCGUCAACGAACGACUACGAAACUAUAAGUUACCUGAAACUGAAAGAGGAGUGCGAACAAUCUUGUGUAAUAUGUAAUGAAAACUUUACUGAUAGCUUCUCUCUGUAUAAACACAAUCUCAUACACCUAAAAGUGCCUUUAAUACAACGUAAAUUAUUCAUGUGCGAUGCCUGCCCUGCCUUCUAUAAAAAGAAAAAAGACCUCCAAAACCACAUUUUAUUAACUCACCAAUUCAAAAGGCUAUAUUAUGGCGACGAACUUAUAACAAAGUCACUACAUAAGUGUCAGAUUUGUGAAAAAACAUUUGCAUAUAAAAGUUGGUUUGAUCACAUAAAAAAUGUCCAUGGGCAGCUUAAAUUGAAAUGCGAGAAGUGUAAUUUAAUAUUUAAGUGUGAAAGGUAUUUAAAACGUCAUAUAUUGUAUACACAUGAGGGAGUUAAACCUUCUUGGCGUUAUCAUAAAGUUAAGUCUGCUAAUAUCAAAUCUUACAUUCAGUGUGAGACAUGCCCUGCCAGAUUCACCAAUAAAAAUUCUUUAACUACUCAUAUAAGAAACUGUCAUAGUGAGAAAAAGUUCCAAUGUAAAAUUUGCAAAUCUAUAUUAAAAAGUAAGUCCUACUUAUUGACACAUAUUAAUAGAGUUCACUAUGAUGAUGGGAAGUUGCAUUCUUGUGAUGUUUGUGGUAAGAUUUUUAAGUCACCGAGAUAUGUAAGAGUUCAUAUUAAGAAUGCCCACAGCUCUCAGAAGAAAUAUAAAAAAAAGAAAACUUAAUGUGUUAAGUAUGGAGCUUUAUAUACAAAUAAUAUGUUUGAACAACUCUUUAAAAUCUAUCAAAGAUAGUCAAAUUAUUAAAUAAACGAAGCUAUUGCCCCAAACCGACCAGUUGAAUAAAUUUUCAGUAAGGCAUACAUUGAUCUGUUUAACAUACAUAAUGAAAUAGAUAGAUAUGUCAGUCAAUAGUUAUUUGACCAACAUAUUCACCAGUUUCAAGGGAGCCAGUGUAAAUACUUGUGCAAGGUUGAGAACAAUGUAAAUUUAUUUUAUUAAGCAUUGAUACUAUCAGGGCAGAUAUGACCAAUAACCAUGUGGUGGACUAUAAU